AAGGUCACCCUUCCCUCCAAUGGCUCCUAAAUUCUCAUUCUCCUAUGUUUUUGUAUCUUUCCUCUUUCUAACAAUCCAACCCUCUAUGUUUCAAUCAAGAAUCUUGAAAUCUGAGGAGCAAAAUCUGCAAUUCCUUCAAAAUUUGGAGGAAGUCCACAAGGGUCAAACCGUUGCUGGACUCAAUAAAGUGAAAAAAUACCUCAAAAGAUUCGGAUUUUACACGAAUCCAAGUGAUAGUAUUCUAACCGAUGAUUUUGAUAAUCAUUUGGAGUCUGCACUCAAAACAUAUCAAAAAUAUUAUCACCUCAAGAUUACUGGAAGUCCGGACUCAAGUACUUUAAAGAAAAUGAUGAUCCCACGAUGUGGAGUUCCUGACAAUAUCGCCAAUCUCACAUCUCUUAACCAGUCUCUUUAUAAUUUCCCACCUGGUAUGCAGAGAUGGUCUAAGUUUGAAAUCACCUACACAUUCAGCUCCAGUGUCCCUGAUGAUCAAGACCUCAGGUCAGCUUUUGCAAAUGCUUUUCAAAGUUGGGAAGGUGCAUCCGAGUUCAAAUUUAAAGAAGCAUCCACUGAAGAAGAAGCAAACAUAGUGAUUGGAUUUUACAGUGGUGAUCAUGGAGAUGGGUUGCCUUUUGAUGGGCCUGGCAUGGUGUUAGCUCAUUCAUUUUACCCAGAAGAUGGAAGGUCUCAUUAUGAUGCAGAUGAGAGUUGGAGUACAAAUCCUGACAUGAACCACAUGGACUUGGAAUCUGUGGCUCUGCAUGAAAUAGGUCACCUUCUUGGCCUUGCUCAUAGUCAAGAUCCAAAUGCUGUUAUGCACUCAGGGAUUAGUCCUGGAACUAUCAAAAGGGAUCUCACUCAAGAUGAUAUUCAAGGCAUACAAGCUCUCUACUCUAAUUAAUCACACUACAUAGGUUGCAUGUUUAUUGCUUUUCAAAAUAUUAAGUGAUAACAACUAUAUAUGUCGUAGAUGUUAUGUGGUACCCUAGCCUGGGAGAUUUAUGUUAUGAGAGAAAUAUUCACUAUUACAUAGCUUAUCCAUGAAAUAAAAAAAUGAUACUUUUUAUAUUAUAUAUUUUAAUGUAGUCAUAAGUUAAUAGUAACGGUUUGAGAAGUAUUGUAUCUGUUUCCAUUAUUGAAUAUAAGAUAAUAAUUUAUUUAUUUA